CUUGGGUUCAUCCCUCGAGUUAUUCUUCCUAUAUUUUCGUCAUCCAUCUUCCCAUUACGGGAUCAUCAACGCGUAUUUCCUCCCAAUGGCUGCAUCAGACCAAGCAUACCAGCAGCAAGAGUUCAUUUUCACCCAGACAGGGCCUAUGCGGGUCAACAUGAUAAUUGUUCCUAAGAAAGAUGAGCAAAAUCCUCUCUACUUCAUACACGUCAAAGGAUCAAUUAGCGAUAACACGGAUAUCACAAUGCAUGCCGGUACCGACAAGAGUGAUCAGGUUCUCGGUAGCUGCAGGUUCAGCAAAUUCUACACCACUAAAAUGCUCCUCACACUCGGGGACCAGAAAUCGCAUAUGAUGUUCUCACCGCAAUAUGGCUGCUAUAGUUGGUCUCUAUUGGCUAUUCGUCACAUUCAUGGGAAGGUGCAACAAAGAAGGCGGGAAUUUCUAUGGAAAAGGACCGAAGAGUCGCGAGUGUCGGGCUCGCUAGGCCUGGAGUUAUGUGGUGUAGGCACGGCUGACGUUUAUGCUGUGUAUUUUGGAGCUGCACCGGGAAGCAGAAAGGUGGGAAUACUGCGGGUUAGAAUUGAUUUAGGCGAUAUGUGGAAGACGAUGGUACUUUUGACGCUGUCUGCAUUACUGGAGAAGGAGCGCCAGAGAAAGGCUAGAGAAGAGGGUAUUCGCACUGUGAUGUUGGUGUGCUAGUAUCCGAGUUUGUUCAGUUAUCUUGGUGACCUACAAGCUUCGGCUUUUCGUACUUAACAUAAGGAGUUUCUUAUAUGGAGGAGUCCCCCCAGUCUACGUGGCUUUGCGGGCGGAAUACGGAACCCCGCAGACGCUCUACCUGAUUUAAUUGUCGACAGACUUGAAGAUAAGAGCUGCGCCUUGCUGAAUGAAUCCCUUUUCCGUUUCUUAAUUGAGCAACUAGUUAUGAU